AUGUCGUUUGCUUCGGCUACAUCAAGAACUGCUGUUGCUAGUAGAAAAUUACUAUCAACCUCUUUUUUUCCUUUUUUUUCCAGAUGUGGUGCUAAUAUUACUAGCAACCUUAGAUUCUUCCAAACGGGUAAAUCUUUAAGGGAUUCCUACGAUGAAGAAAAAAAAAUCAUUGACCAGAUAACCACAAAAUUAUCUCCAACUGAUACGGCAUCUUUAAGUAGAUUACGUAACAUUGGUAUUUCUGCUCAUAUUGACUCAGGUAAAACUACAUUUACUGAACGUGUUUUAUACUAUACUGGCCGUAUUAAAGCUAUUCAUGAAGUUAGAGGUAGGGAUAAUGUUGGUGCUAAAAUGGAUUCGAUGGAUUUAGAAAGAGAAAAAGGUAUCACAAUUCAGUCUGCAGCUACUUAUUGUUCUUGGGAUAAAGAUGGUAAAAGCUACCAUUAUAACUUAAUUGACACUCCAGGCCACAUAGAUUUCACUAUUGAAGUCGAACGUGCUUUGAGAGUAUUGGAUGGUGCGGUUUUAGUUGUUUGUGCUGUUAGUGGUGUUCAAUCACAAACUGUUACUGUUGAUCGUCAAAUGAGAAGAUAUAAUGUUCCACGUAUUACUUUUAUCAAUAAAAUGGAUAGAAUGGGUGCCAAUCCAUUCAAAGCUAUUGAACAACUCAAUAAGAAACUAAGAAUCCCUGCUGCUGCCAUUCAAGUACCUAUCGGUGCUGAAUCAGAAUUGAAAGGGGUUGUUGACAUCAUAUCCAGAGAAGCUAUUUACAAUGAAGGCGAUAAUGGUGAAAUUUUGAGAAAAACUCCAGUUCCUGAAGAUCUGGUUGACUUGGUUGAAGAAAAGAGAGCUUUGUUGAUUGAAACUUUGGCCGAUGUUGAUGAUGAGAUCGCUGAACUUUAUUUAGAGGAAAAAGAACCUACCGAAAAGCAAAUUCAUGCUGCUAUUCGUAGAGCUACUAUUGCUAGAAAAUUUACGCCGGUACUAAUGGGGUCUGCUUUGGCUAAUACUGGUAUCCAGUCGGUUUUAGACUCUGUUGUUAAUUACUUGCCAGAUCCAAGUGAAGUUUUAAAUACCGGUCUAGAUAUUGCCAACAAGGAGUCUAAAGUUACUUUAGUUCCUAGUGUUAAAGAACCAUUCGUUGGGUUGGCGUUUAAACUAGAAGAGGGGAAAUAUGGUCAAUUAACUUAUAUUCGUGUUUAUCAAGGUAAAUUAAAGAAGGGUGGCUACAUAACCAAUGUGAAAACUGGUAAAAAAGUUAAAGUGUCUAGAUUAGUGAGAAUGCACUCUAAUGAUAUGGAAGAUGUCAAUGAAGUUGGCUCUGGUGAAAUUUGUGCGACAUUUGGUAUAGACUGUUCUUCUGGGGACACUUUUACAGAUGGUGUUUUAAAUUAUUCUAUGUCCUCGAUGUUUGUUCCAGAUGCUGUUAUAUCUUUAUCUAUUAAACCAAAAUCCAAAGAUUCGGCCACCAACUUUUCAAAAGCUUUAAACCGUUUUACCAAGGAAGAUCCUACAUUUAGGGUUAGGUUUGAUAAUGAAUCUAAGGAGACUAUUAUUUCUGGUAUGGGAGAAUUGCAUUUGGAAAUUUAUGUUGAAAGAAUGAAGAGAGAAUAUAAUGUCGAAUGCGAAACAGGCAGACCACAAGUUUCUUAUAGAGAGACCAUUACUGUACCAGCCGAAUUUGAUUACACACAUAAGAAACAAUCAGGUGGUGCUGGCCAAUAUGCUAGAGUUAUGGGUAAUAUUAGCCCAACUUCUGAUAAUGGAACUGAAAAUAUUUUCAGAUCUCAAGUUGUUGGUGGCCGUAUUCCAGAUAAAUAUUUGGUUGCUUGUCAAAAAGGUUUCGAAGAGAUUUGCGAGAAAGGACCGUUGGUUGGCCAUAAAGUCUUAGGUGUCAAUAUGUUAAUUAACGAUGGUGCUAUUCAUGCUGUUGACUCUAAUGAAUUGUCGUUUAAGACAGCCACAAUGACUGCUUUCAAAAAUUCGUUUUUACAAGCUCAACCUGUUGUCUUGGAACCAAUUAUGAAUGUUUCUGUUACUUCUCCAAAUGAAUUUCAAGGUAAUGUUAUUGGUUUAUUGAACAAAUUGACUGCUGUUAUCAUUGAUACUGAAAAUGGUCAGGACGAGUUUACUAUUACUGCUGAAUGUCCAUUGAAUGGCUUGUUUGGAUUUGCCACCAGUUUAAGGGCUUCAACUCAAGGUAAAGGUGAAUUUUCUUUAGAAUUUAAAAAGUAUGCACCAACCUUGCCUCAAAUUCAAAAGCAAUUGAUUAGCGAAUUCCAAAAGAAACAAGAACAAAAAAAGUGA